AUGGCGCCAUUGAUCGACCGCGUGCGAGCGGAGUUGCGCCGCGAGGGUGUGAAACUGUGGCUCAAACCUUACACACCUCCAGAGGGCUCUUCCUUGAUCGACCUCGGCGGCUCAUACGCAAGCAGGCUCAAUGCAGAUGCCGGUGAGGUCGCAAAGGUUCUGGAGGAGCUGCGGCAGCACGCUUUGGCGAAGUUGCAGGCGAAGGCUGCGCCUGCUACACCCCAGGCCACCAGCAGUGCAGCCCCGAUAAGCGGCGGUGAUAUCGUCACGCUGCUGGGCAAGGUUCUCGGAGCCUGCCCGACCCAACAUCGAGAGGUGAGGCUGCAGGUGAGAUGUUCUCAGACGGGCGAAGAGGUUCGCCAGCAGCUGUGCAAUGAACUGGGGCUUUCCACGGUCAAGGUCAUCGCCGGGGGCAAGAACCUGCAGGACGGAGCCACCCUGUCUGCACAGGGUUGGAGCGCAGAUCCUGCUUGCGGGGUCCUGCGUGUGUUGCUGCUGCCAGGUCCUCCUGCACCUUCCAAGCCGACAGCAGCGGGCCUUUCAGAGGCCACGGCGCAGCCAAGUACAUCAUCCGAUUCGAUGACAGACGAUGACUCCUGCACCAUCGCCCAGCUGCGAGCUGCAGCCGAGCGCCUUACGGCCGAGGGCUUCGGGGAUUUCGAACUUUCUGAUGCCUCAACUGGCCGGCUAGUAGCUGUACCCCCUGGCGCACGCCAGGCGCUUGUGACAGCCAUCGCCCUGCACGCUCGGGGCCGUGAGCUGCUGGCCGAAGAGGAUGGCGGAGCCGUGAAGGCUGUGGAGUUUCUCGUGGAGGCAAGCGGCUGCUUCGAUCGCUGCCGUGAGCAAGGUGCUGCUGAGAUCAUGGACAAGCUGGCGAACUACGGGCAGCUCCAGCUGGACAUCUGCUGGGCAUACGCGCUGCUGGGGGAUGCCAGCUAUCUUCCAGAUGCUGAGGCCCGUCUCCAGGUUGCAGAGCGCAUGAUCCGACGACAGGUUGAUAAGAACUUCUUGACCUUGGCAGAGGUGAAAGCCGAACAAGGAGCCACAUUACCCCCAGAAGUGCUCCCUUCGGUUCGGCUUUGGCUGCUCCGUGGUGUAGCAAAAGCUGGGCGGGGCUCGGUCGCCGCGGCGCGCGAGGAUCUCCAGCGCGCUGCGCUUUUCAUCCAGGCUUUGCAGGUGGACGAGACGGCUGUCGAAUCCCUUCUCACCCUAGGCGCUACGCGCCUGCAAUGCGUGGCAGCUUUGCGACGCUGCGAAGGUUCAGCAGAUCGUGCUGCAGACGAUCUUCUGGCCGCCGCAUCGCAACGCAAGGCAGCCAAACAGGAGCGUCGCGCGCAGAGGGAAUAUGGCCUCACCAAUGCUGGGGUGUUUGUGGACCCAGAUUCUGUGCGGCAGAUUGUGUCCAUGGGUAUCGACGAAGCCGCUGCCAUCAACGCAUUAAAGCAGUCGAACAACGACGUCAUGGGUGCAUUGGAGGAGAUCCAGCGCAAGAGAGCCAGGCAGGAGGUGCUCGUUGACGACCUUGCCUUGGCCUCCUUACUGUCCAUGGGCUUCGAGCAAAGCGCCGCAGAGGCCGCUUUGAGGGAGGUGGGCGGUCAGGAUGUGGAGGCCGCCUGCGCCAAGCUGGCAACGGCACCUGGCCCCGGGCAAGCGGUCGAAGGAGCAGAAGCUUCCAAG